UGGAAAUGGAAAUCCAUUUUCCCGAGCAAAAUCAGACGCUCAAUCCAUUGUCCAUAACUAAUAUAUUAAUGGAUUACCUGAAGAAUUGUUGUCAAACUUCUGAAAAGCAUCAAAUUUCCAAAACCCAAUUGCUUCCAGCCCAGUUUAUGGACAGAAAACUCCAUUUGAAAGUCACCCAAAUAUGCCCUAAUUUUGAGAGGUUAGCAGCACUAGGCAGCAUCUUCCUUCCUCCUUUUGUUCGUGAAGAAAUCAUGGAUUCCUUGCCUUUCGUGAUUUCUUCGAGCCCAAACGUUCUAGAGAUUCAAAUUCCCUCCAAUAAAUCAAGCAUCCCUCUGUUAAAUUUUACUUUUUGUCAUCUCAACUUUGCCGCUCCUUGCAUUGCUGCUUCUGGGUCUAUUCAGUCGCAAAUAAAAGAAGCACUAAACGAUUUCGUUUUCGUCAUUUUUAUCCUGAUUUUGCUUGACGUGCAUGGAAUUGAAGUUUGUAGGGUUAAUCAGACAUGUUUAGGUCAAAGAACAGCAGUAUUGGGGAUGUAAUCAUAUCCAAAGGAGUUGAAGCAGAAGCGGAGAAACCAUCAAGUUCCAAGGAUUCUGAUUUACGUACCAAAAAGAGGACUAAAUCAAUACAUCCACCAAUUGAAUCCCAUUUUCUUCUCCCUCAACCAAAAGAGAAAAAUCCUUCUUCAGGUGUCAAGGCAAUGUUAUCGUAUCCGCUCAAGAUUCGAGACUCGUUGAAGAGAAGAGGGAGGAGCCAGAGCUUGAAAUUAGUCCUUGAAGGAAUUCCUGCUCAAAACGAUAAACAAAUUGUUGAUUCUUUCCGUGAAUUGCUUUUUCUUGAGGGUCAGUUACCGCCGAAGCACAAUGAUUAUCACACCCUUCUAAGAUUUCUACGAAUGCGGGAUUUCGAUCUUUCAAAAUCCAAAGAAAUGUUCUUAAAUUACCUCAAGUGGCGUGAGGAUUUUCGAGUGGAUGCCAUUUCUGAGGAAUUUAAUUUUGAGGAGUAUGAUGCGGCAAAGAAACACUAUCCUCAUGGAUAUCAUGGGGUCGAUAAACAUGGUAGACCAGUGUACAUUGAAAGGAUUGGUAUGGUAGUGGUAGACCAAAAUGGUUUACUUGAAGUUACUACCAUUGAAAGAUUCAUCAAGCAUCAUGUUGCUGAACAAGAGAAGACAUUAAAUUUUAGAUACCCUGCUUGUUCAAUUGCAGCGAAGAGUCAUAUAGCAUCAACCACAAGCAUCAUAGAUGUGAAAGGAGUGGGAAUUUCUAAUUUCUCAAAGAAUGCAAGAUAUCUGUUCAUGGAAAUUCAGAGAAUUGAUAGCAAUUACUACCCUGAGACUCUACAUCGCAUGUUUAUCAUCAAUGCUGGAUCUGGAUUUAUGAUGGUGUGGAAAGUUCUCAAGGUACUCAUAGAUGCUCGCACAUUAGCAAAGAUUCGGGUGCUGGGAUACAAUUACCUCCCUAACCUGCUCGAAGUUAUUGAUCCAAGUAAUUUGCCAACAUUUUUUGGUGGAAAUUGCACAUGUUCUGAUUAUGGGGGUUGCCUGUUAAGCGACAAAGGACCCUGGAACGACCCUGAAAUUAUAGAACUGCUUCAGGCAGUUUCCGCGGAAGAAUUAUACAAUGGUGGAGAAUAUGGUGGUAUGGCUUCAGAGGAUGCCUUGGACAUUAUCCCCAAAAGAGACACUGACGGUGAACAUUCAGAACAUACGGAUAAGCUUGCAUUGCACCAGAUCCAGGUACUGGAAGCUGCUCUUAAAGACACCAAAACAAAAAUUCAGGCACUGGAAGCUGCACUGGAGGAAGCAAAAAUGGUAUUGAAAGGAUUGGGACAACCGGGGAUCGCACAACAAAAUCUCUAGAAGAGCUUGAAAUUUGAACUUACGAUGUAAAGUUUGAUGCUCAUUCUUUUUCAUUUUUCAUCCAAUUCUUUUAUGUACGUAUGUGUUUCAAGAUUUGAUGACUCUUUUUAUUAUAAUGAAUGAACCAAAUGGAAUACUCGUGAGAGCACCGUAUAUGAUAGU